AAAGUGACGUUCUACGGCUCCAGUCUGGUGGAAAACGGUCCUUCAGCCAACGGUCAGCCUCUGGAGAUCCAAGGAGCUUCUCGGCCCGCCAUCGUCACCAAAGCUGGCCUCGUGCUGUUCGGAAACGACGGCAAGACGCUGCUGGUGAAGAAUCUGCAGUUUGAGGACGGGAAGAUGAUCGCUGCAGCUCAGUUCUUCAGCUCGGGGAGCAGCGCUGCUGUGGAGCUCACGGAGGAGGAGAAGACCUUCGCCAAACACAUCAAGGUAAACAUCACUCUGUGGAAGAAGUCUACAGCUCACUGUUAGAGAAAUAUCACUGGUCCCCGGCUUGAGCUUGAAUCUCAGGAUCCAUGUAUCUGUGAUCCUCUCCAGAAUGGA